AAAUUUAAAUCAAUUAUUGGAAUUUGAUUAAUACCAUAUGAAUUUAUACUUUUGUGUUUUAGUGUCCAUCGUGGCAGUCGGAAUUCCGGCUGCCCAAGGACAGAAUCUCAACUGUACUUUUGACACUAACUUAUGUACCUGGACACAACAACAAAAUGACAAUUCGGACUGGAAAUUGAAGAGAGGAUCAACUACUACAGCAAACACAGGUCCUACAAGCGACCAUACCUCUGGAAAUGGACAAUAUAUCUACUUUGAGACCUCCCAAGGAGCCAGUGGAUCUAAAGCCCAGUUAUCUAGUCUACAAUUUACAGUGCCUAGAAGACCACCAUCUUGUUUUUCUUUCUGGUACCACAUGUAUGGAGACAGUGUCAACAAUCUUAAUGUGUACCUUAAGUCAGGCAACACUUUAGGCAAACCAGUCUUUACAAAACAUGGUAACCAAGGAAACAAGUGGAUACAGGCAAAAAUCACUGUUAGGAACAAAAACAACAUUAAGGUUGUUUUAGAAGCUGUAAAAGGACGUGGAUUCCGUGGAGAUAUAGCAAUAGAUGAUGUCACGUACACUCCUGGAAUACGAUGUCCUCAAAAUACUGCCCCAGGUAACACAGGGAAUACAUCUAUCACCUGUAACUUUGAGGAUGAUGCACUGUGUGGUUACAAACAGCUUACAAACGACAAUUUUGAUUGGUCGAGAACAACUGGUACCACAUCUACAACAGGGACUGGUCCCUCUAGUGACCAUACAUAUGGAACAUCAAAUGGUCAUUACAUGUUUAUUGAGGCCACUGGAAAAAGACGCAACCAGAAGGCUCGUCUGAUGUCACCACAGACCACCACACUGGGAGACAAAUGUCUUCGCUUUUAUUACAACAUGCAUGGUUCUAACAUUGGAAAAUUGAAUGUAUAUGCACAGGCUAACAAUGUUUUAGGAUCAGCAAUUUGGUCCAUGACAGCAGAACAGGGCCAGGACUGGAGACUAGCACAAGUCACUGUCAGGAGGAGAGGAAACAGGCGUUAUAAUAUUGUGUUUGAAGGCGCCAGAGGAAAUUCUAAUACAGGAGACAUUGCGUUAGAUGAUGUUUCAAUUAUCUCAGGAAGGUGUCCUGCAUUGGGAUCCUGUAACUUUGAGAAAGAUUUCUGUGGUUGGACUAAUGUAGAUUCUGAUGAUUUUGAUUGGAGGAGAAAUCAUGGACCCACAUCAAGUUCAGGGACAGGACCUCCAAAUGAUCAUACACUGGGGAAUACCAAAGGAACAUACAUAUAUAUUGAGACGAGUGCACCAAGAGUUCCUAACGAUAAAGCUCAACUACGAUCGGAAACAUUCCCAAAUAACAAUGGAAACAAAUGUCUACAAUUCUGGUACAACAUGUUGGGAUCACAAGUAGGAAAACUGAACGUUUAUAUUGUUCAAAAUGAUAUUAAGACAUUGCAAUGGACUCUAAACGGACAACAAAGUGGAACAUGGAACCUUGGUAGACUUCCUGUUCCCAGAGUCAAGAACAGUUUCAGUUUCCUAUUGGAAGGAGUUCGUGGUACAGGAGUCAGAGGUGACAUAGCCAUUGAUGAUAUAACUGUCACAAACACUAGAUGUACAUUGUCGCCUAGUGCUGCAGUGGCAUCUAAUCAAGGUUCUACAACUCCUACUCAGGCAACAACUUUGGGGACAACGAAAACACCAACAAAUGGCAGAACGGUUAGCUGUAGUUUUGAUGCUGGUUAUUGUGGGUGGACGCAGUUGAGAAAUGACCAGUUUGAUUGGUCUAGGAAAAGAGGCAGGACAAACAGUGGUGGCACUGGACCAAGCAGAGACCACACUAGCGGAACUGGUUCCUACAUAUAUAUAGAAGCCUCUGGUAAAACAAUGAAUCAGACAGCACGUCUGCAGAGCGUACCUGUCCAACCAACCCAGUCAUCAUCCUCGUCAUGUCUGUCCUUCUGGUAUCAUAUGUAUGGACCUCAGAUUGGUGGACUUAAUGUCUACAUACAGCUAGGGGCCUCCAUGGGGUCACCUAUCUGGACCAAAAAAGGGACACAAGGGAACAAGUGGAUUAAUGCUAAGAUAACUGUCAGUCAAACAAGACAAUAUAGUAUCAUUAUGGAAGGAGUAAUAGGGAAUGGGUUCCGAGGAGACGUGGCUGUAGAUGAUGUGGCAUUGACAAAUGGAGCUUGCACUGGACAGACAAGUGCCCCAGGAACAGUGACCACUAUACCACCAUCAGGAGGAACUGUAAGAAGUUGUGACUUUGAGAACAGAAAUCUAUGUAGAUAUACACAGGACAAAACAGACACAUUUGAUUGGAUUAGACAGGCUGGUACCACAUCAUCAACCAAUACUGGUCCUUCAAGUGACCAUACAUACGGAACAGGAAGAGGACAUUACAUGUUCAUUGAGGCUUCAGCUCCACGUAAAAGGGGAGAUAUGGCUCGCUUGAUAUCACCACGUUAUGUUGACAGACAGGAUAUGUGUGUUCAGUUCUACUAUCACAUGUAUGGCACAGGAAUAGGAACACUCAAUGUGUAUGCUAAGACUGGUUCUCAACUUGGACUAGCAUUAUUCUCUAUGACUGGUAACCAAGGAAACAGGUGGCAAUAUGGAAGUGCUACUGUUCCCACAUCAACUGGAUCCAUAGGUUACUAUGUUGUGUUUGAAGGAGUUGUAGGUACAAAUGUGAGAGGAGAUAUUGCCAUUGAUGAUGUAAAGUUUACAACUGGAGCAUGCUCAGGAAGUUCCUGCGACUUUGAAAAUGGAUUAUGUACUUGGACAAACGCUCAUACUGGGGACCAGUUUGAUUGGACAUUAAAUCAAAGAAGAACCAGUAGUGCCAACACCGGACCCCAAGCUGAUCAUUCUUUGGGUACACCACAAGGACAUUACGUGUAUAUAGAGACAUCUACUGGAAGACAAGGCUUCAAAGCUUGGUUGGUCAGUCAGCCAUUUACAUCUACCACUGGACGCUGUAUUCAGUUUUGGUACAAUAUGUAUGGUCAAGCUAUAGACACACUGACAGUUUAUGUUAAUGUCCCAGGACAAGUAAAUGUUCCAAUAUGGCAGCUCUCUGGUAACCAAGGACAACAAUGGCAGAAUGGACAAGCUGCCAUACCUGCUCAGUCUAACAGUUAUAAGUUGAUAUUUGAAGGUAGACGUGGAAAUGGAGCAUCAGGAGAUAUUGCCAUAGAUGAUAUCACCUUUUCUGAUUCAACAUGUGGAGUAAACCCGAAACCAGCUGGAUUAUUCACCACUCCAUCAGGUGCUACCGUUCCUUCCACAACUCCAAACACUGGUCCUUUCAACUGUAACUUUGACCAGAAUCUAUGCAGCUGGACCCAGGAUAAAACAGACAAUUUUGAUUGGAUAAGAAAGACAGGAAGCACUGCAACCGCAAAUACAGGACCAACAUCAGGUCAUUUAGGAAGUGGUUCAUAUAUAUACAUGGAAGCAAGUAGCCCUGCCAAGCCAGGAAACAAAGUGCGUUUAGUCAGUCCUCAGGUAGCACCAAGUUCAACGGGACACAAAUGUGUCACCUUCUAUUAUUUCAUGUACGGCCGACAUGUCAACCAGUUAAAUGUUUACGUACAGACAGGAUUAUCUUUCCCUGGAAAUAAAAUAUGGACACAACAAGGAACAAAGGGAAGAAACUGGAUCAAAGGAACUGUUGAUAUCACAUCUAAUUCACAAUUUAAUGUUAUUUUUGAAGCAAUAAGAGGAGCUGCUUACCUAGGAGAUAUUGCCCUUGAUGAUAUAACAAUGACAGAUGGACCAUGUAGUUCUGGCCCACAAACUGGAGUAAAUGUCAGUUGUAAUUUUGAACCUGCCAAUCUUUGUGGUUUCAAACAAGAAAGAAAUACUGAUGAUUUUGACUGGAGCCGUAGUACACAGUCAACUUCUUCUUCUGGGACUGGACCUAGUAAUGACCACACUUAUAAAACAGCUGCAGGACAUUACAUGUACAUUGAAGCAUCAGGGAAGUCUGCUAACAAGAAAGCUAGACUGAUAUCUCCAAUAUACAGAGGCCCUUCCCAAACCAUGUGUAUGGAGUUCUGGUAUAACAUGAAUGGUGCUAAUAUUAACACACUCAAUGUGUAUGUACUUAGAAGUGGUGUUAGGGGAAAUCCUGUAUGGACCAAGAAAGGUAACCAGGGCAGCUCUUGGAAUAUAGCCUCUCUAAAUGUACCACAAGGAACAUCAGCAUAUCAGAUUGUAUUUGAAGGAAUUACAGGAAAUGGUUUUCGUGGUGACAUAGCUAUUGAUGAUUUCUCAAUGUCACAAGGGGCUUGUUCAGCUGAAGGAACUUGUGAUUUUGAGGUUGGUUUAUGUACAUACACAAAUGACCACAGUGGUGCAGACAAUUUUGAUUGGGUUCGUCAUAAAGGAAGCACUUCUAGUUCUGGUACAGGACCAACAACUGACCAUACUAAAGGGUCUGCACUAGGCUAUUAUGUUUACAUUGAAACAUCUGCCCCAGCAAGACCUGGGUUCGAAGCCAGACUGAAUAGUGAAAGCUUGAGUUAUGCUACACACAACUGUGUGACCUUUUAUUACCAUAUGUAUGGUGGUGCAAUUGGAACGUUAAGAGUAUGGACCCAGUUACAAGGAACCAGCAACCCACUUCCUGUCUGGGAAUUACAUGGUAACCAAGGCAAUAGUUGGAUGAAAGCACAAGUUUUGAUACCAAAGCAAGGAGGAGACUAUAAGGUUUUUAGAAUCAUUACAUUGUUAUGGCUUAUAUUCCAAGGUAUCCGAGGAGGUUCAGUCCAAGGAGAUAUAGCUCUAGAUGAUAUUACUGUUUUCGCUAACAGUGUUUGUCCAAGGAUGCCAUCCAAUUCUCAACCAACUGUUACCCAAGCUCCAACAACAAUACUUGCAACAACCAAACCAACAACACAGAAAGUAACAACUCCUCUGACAACAUUGCCAACAACUAAGGGUACAGGUGGCAGUAAGUUUAAUUGUGACUUCAGCUUUGAUACGUGUGGCUGGAAUCAAGAUAAGACAGAUAACUUUGAUUGGACUAGAAACAUCGGCAAGACACCAUCAACAAGUACUGGUCCAGUUUCUGACCACACCAACGGAAAGGGCUAUUACAUGUACAUUGAGACUUCUGGUCGUAAUAGUGGACAAAAGGCUCGACUGAUAAGCCCACCGGUCACUCUGCAGAGUGGACAACAGUCCUGUGUUACAUUCUGGUAUGAUAUGUUCGGUGCAAACAUAGACUAUCUGAAUGUUUAUGUCAGAAAUACAUCAACCACACAACUUGGUACAGCAGUCUGGUCCAGGAGGAAGACUCAAGGAAAUAGAUGGAUACAGGGUCAGAUAACAAUCACUGGUCCUGGACCAUUAAAUGUGGUUAUUGAAGGAACAAAGGGAAUAGGUUACCAAGGAGAUAUAGCUAUUGAUGACAUUGCAAUGCAGUCAGGAGCUUGUGGUGGACCUACAGUAUCCCCAACUGGUCCCUCUGGAUCUGGUAGCCUGUCAACAUUGGGUUGUAAUUUUGAAGUAGGGAUGUGCUCCUAUACGCAAGGUACAAGUGAUGAUUUUAAUUGGACAAGGCAGAGAGGAAAGACAUCAUCCUCCAAUACUGGACCUGCUGUAGAUCAUACAAGGGGAACCAGUAGUGGAUAUUAUGUUUACACUGAAGUCUCAUCACCGAGACAACCUGGACAAAAGGCUCGUCUCUUGUCAGGACUUCAGAGCUCAUACUUAAAACCAGCCUGUAUGACAUUCUGGUACCAUAUGUAUGGUAGUCAGAUAGGAACGCUCAAUGUGUACUUAAAACAAGGACAGUCAAACAGUCUAGGAUCUCCUAUUUGGACAAGGAAAGCUAACCAAGGAAACAGCUGGAAUAUUGCUCAAGUAUCACUUAAUCCAUCAUCAGCUUACCAGGUUGUAUUUGAGGGAGUCAGAGGAAAUGGUGUACAGGGAGAUAUUGCUAUAGAUGAUGUCAGUGUUCAACCAGGAUCAUGUAGACCGGAAGGUGCCUGUAAUUUUGACACACGUACAUUGUGUUCAUGGAGUAACCGACAAGACGAUGAUUUUGAUUGGAGUAUACAACACAAUGGUACACCAAGUACUGGAACAGGUCCAACACAGGAUCAUACACAAGGGAAUGCCAAUGGGUUCUAUGUGUUUAUAGAAACAAGUGCUCCAAGAACAGCUGGACAAAAAGCCUACUUACAGAGUCCUACAUUCCCCCCCAAUAACAAGAGUCCGCAGUGUUUCAAAUUUUGGUACAACAUGAAUGGAAGAAGGAUGGGAACUCUCAAUGUUUACUUAGCAACAAAUAUGACAGCAUCUUCAGUAUCCAAAACAAAAUUGUGGACAUUAUCAGGUUCACAAGGAACAGCUUGGAAUUCAGCCCAAUUUACAGUUCAAAGUUCAACUGGAUAUCAGCUGCUUUUUGAAGGGAUAGUAGGAGGAGUAGUGUUGGGAGAUAUUGCUUUGGACGAUUUGUCAUUUGUCAAUGGUCAAUGUGGAACCUCCCCAUCUAAAGCUAGACCAGCAUCAUUGUCUACAACAGUGCCACCUACUACAGCAGCCACCACACCUAUUGUGGCAACAUCAGUUGGUGGUGCUUUUAAUUGUAAUUUUGAGAGUAAUACAUGUGGCUGGUUACAAGCUGCUGGGGAUACGAGAGGUUUUGAUUGGAUCAGACAUCAGGGCAGGACAGCCUCCGGUGGUACUGGAGCUUCAACGGAUCACACUACUGGACGUGGAUAUUACAUGUACAUUGAGACAUCAGGUAGAAGAAAACUUGGAGACAAAGCACAUUUGGAAAGUCCAACAGUUUCUGCCGAUCCUUUAACAAAAUGUCUCCGAUUCUGGUAUCACAUGUAUGGUGCUACUGUUGGUCAGUUAAACGUUUAUCUGAGAGCUGGAGCUGGGCUUGGACCCGCAAUCUGGACCAAGAGAGGAACCCAGGGCAAUAAAUGGAUCCAGGGACAAGUUGUUAUUAACAAGACUUCUGAUUUUACGGUAGUAUUUGAAGGUGUACGAGGUAGGAGUUACCAAGGAGAUAUAGCUAUUGAUGAUGUUUCAAUGAAAAAUGGGGAUGAUUGCUCAGGAAAUGCAGCCACAGUACCAACUUCCUGUAAUUUUGAAGAUGCUCUUUCUAAAUGUAAAUAUACCCAAGAUACAACAGAUGAUUUUGAUUGGACAAGAAAGUCAGGUGGUACAGCCACAAGAGGGACAGGGCCGUCUGCUGAUCAUACUUAUGGAACAAGCACAGGACAUUAUAUGUACACUGAGGCCUCUGUACCACGUAAACCAGGACAGAAAGCACGUCUUCUGACUCCACAAUAUGCAGCUAUACAAACUCCACAAUGUCUGACAUUCUACUACCACAUGUUUGGUACCAACAUUGGAUCUCUUAAUGUCAAGGUGAAUGUCAAUAAUGCACUUGGAAACAAUAUUUGGACAAAAUCUGGUAACCAAGGCAACUCCUGGAACAUAGCACAAGUGACACUUCCUGUCACAACAGUCAGUCAACCAUAUCAGGUUGUAUUUGAGGGUGUCAGAGGCAGUGGUUACCUUAGUGAUUUGGCUAUUGAUGAUGUCAAAAUAACAUCAGGUGCUUGUACUUCCCCAGGUGCCUGUAGUUUUGAGAGUGGUCUAUGCACAUGGAAGAAUGUCCAACAAUUAGAUGAUUUUGAUUGGGUCUCUAGGAAAGGAGCUACACAGUCAGGUCGUACAGGUCCUAGCACUGAUCAUACUCUUGGAAAUGCCAGAGGAACUUACAUCUAUCUGGAGGCAUCAGCACCUAGAACUCAGGGAGACAGAUGUUGGUUACAGAGCCAGAACUUUUCUCCAACAAAAGGCUCCUGUGUAUCAUUCUGGUACAAUAUGUAUGGUCCAAAUAUUGGUACAUUGAGUGUUUAUGCUCUAUAUUCUACUGGUACCAAUCGUACAUUAUGGACACUAAGUGGUGAUCAAGGGAACACUUGGAAAAAUGGGCAGGCACCAGUUGCAUCAGGAGUAUCAUUCACAAUAAUAAUAGAAGGACUGAGAGGAAAUGGUUAUGCUGGAGAUAUUGCCUUAGACGACCUUAGUGUAGCUAUUUCAUCUUGUGGAGUACAACCAUCCAAUGCCCAGCCAGGGAACCAGACUGGAACCGUCCCUCCACCAUCAACAACCGGAGGCACAACACAAGCACCUGGACAAUUUGACUGUCAGUUUGACUAUGGACCAUGUGGCUGGACAGAGGACAAAACUGAUACCUUUGACUGGAUAAAACGUAGUGGAGGGACACCAACAGUAGGAACUGGUCCAUCAGGGGACCAUACAUCAAGCACUGGAUCAUACUAUUACAUUGAAUCCUCAUCCCCCAGAAAGAGUGGUGAUAAAGCCCGAUUUAUCAGUCCUCUACAAGUGGUGUCCAGUACCAGCUCACCAUACUGUGUAACCUUCUGGUACAACAUGUAUGGUGCUCAUGUUAAUACACUUAAUGUUUAUCUGAAGUAUGGAAGUAACUUGGGGUCACCGAUCUUCACUAAACAAGGAUCUCAAGGUCAACCAUGGAAACAAGGACAGGUCACGAUACAACCAAAAGCUCCAUACAAUAUUGUGUUUGAAGGAAUAACUGGUAUAAGUUAUAGAGGAGACAUUGCUAUUGAUGAUGUAAAACUGGGACAAGGACCUUGUAUAGCCUCCAGCCUACAGCCAGCUUCUUGUGAUUUUGAAAAUACCAAUAUAUGCAGUUACUCUCAGGAAAAGACUCAAGAUAAUUUCGAUUGGACAAGAGCUACAGGAAGCACAGGGUCAACUGGUACCGGUCCACAAAGUGAUCAUACUUAUGGAACCAGUAAUGGACAUUACAUGUACAUCGAGGCAUCAGGCAGACGACCAGGUGACAAAGCUUGGUUACUGUCCCCACCCUCAGGAUCAUCUCCAACAACCAUGUGUGUAGAAUUCUGGUAUAACAUGCAUGGAGCACAAACAGGAACUCUUAAUGUCUAUCUGAGGAGAAAUGGAGCCAAUGGAACACCUGUUUUCACCAAAAGCGGCAACCAAGGUAAUAGAUGGAUUCGAGCACAAUAUAAUGUUGCCCCAAAUUCUGGUAACUUCCAGUUAGUGUUUGAAGGUCUAAGAGCUAAUGGAUACCAAGGAGACAUAGCUAUUGAUGAUGUCAAGGUCAAUACUGGAAAAUGUGGAUCUGGAAACUUAGGUUGCUGUAACUUUGAGUUAGAUUUAUGCUCCUGGAGUAACUUACAUGGAAGUGGAGAUAACUUUGAUUGGGUCAGAGGAACUGGUACCACUACAUCUACUGGAACAGGGCCGUCUGCAGAUCAUACCUACAAUAACAGCACAGGUAAAUAUCUGUAUGUAGAAAGUUCAACACCAAGACGCCCAGGUGACAUAGCAGUACUUCAGAGUGCCAUGUUCCAACCUAUGUCUGGUGUAUGCUUUUCUUUCUGGUAUCAAAUGUAUGGCAGUAAUAUUGGAACUCUCAGAAUUCUGCUACUCAAAUCGAAAAACAAUGCAACUGCAACAAACAUAUGGGAGUUAUCUGGUACCCAAGGAUUGCAAUGGAAUCAAGGAAAGGUACCAGUUUCAAGUGGAGAUUCACAAUUUCAGCUGUUAAUUGAUGGCAUUAGAGGAAAUGGUUACCAAGGAGAUAUUGCAAUUGAUGACCUAUCUGUUACCCAGGUGGGAUGUGCACUCACACCAAGUCAAGCUGUACCCACUACUGCAGUGCCCUCUACCACCCAAUCUGUCACAUUCGGAGCUAUGCCACCAUCUUACAACUGUAAUUUUGACACUGAUUUCUGUGGUUGGAGUCAGGAUCACAAGACUGACAAUUUUGAUUGGAUAAGGUAUCGUGGAACAACCCAAUCAGCUGGCACAGGUCCAGCCAGUGAUCAUACUUCUGGAACCGGAUAUUAUAUAUUUAUUGAGACAUCAGCACCUCGUAGACCAGGUGAUAAGGCCCGUUUGAUUAGUCCUACCAUUGCUGGUAACUUCCCUCAGUGUGUCACAUUCUACUACCACAUGUAUGGUAUCCAUGUCAAUGCUUUGAAUGUUUACCUAUCUACUGGGGACAACAGUAACUUGACUUCACCUAUCUGGUCCCGAAAAGGAACACAAGGGAACCAGUGGAAAAUGGGAAAGUUCCAGAUUGCUGGAGAUGCAACCACACAGUCUGUUACAAACGUUGUAUUUGAGGGUGUUAGAGGAACUAGUUAUAAAGGAGACAUUGCCAUUGACGAUAUGUCCUUGACAACUGGUAGUUGUAGUCAAGUCACUCAAGCUCCUCAAUCAACUCCAUCCACUGUAUCCUCACCUAUCAACUGUAAUUUUGAAAGCAACAAAAUCUGUAACUACUUUCAAGAUAAAUCCGAUAGAUUUGAUUGGACAAGGAGCACUGGAUCUACCAGUUCUACAAAUACUGGUCCCUCUGCUGACCACUCAUAUGGAACUAGACAAGGACAUUACAUGUACACAGAAGCUUCAGCUCCAAGAAAAAGAUUAGAUGCUGCAAAACUAUGGUCCCCAGUAUUUCUGCCACAAAGUGGACAAUGUUUGUCUUUCUGGUACAACAUGUAUGGCCGUAACAUGGGAACAAUGAAUGUGUAUGCUAACAACAAUGCUACUGGAAGACCACAGCUAGGAAGACCAAUCUGGAGUCUGUCUGGUAACCAUGGCAAUAGUUGGUACCAACAAUUUGUCCAGUUACCCUUGGGAAAUCCCAUUAAUAUUGUAUUUGAGGGAAUAAUUGGAACUGGUAUAGCUAGUGACAUGGCAAUAGAUGAUAUUCAACUGUCCACCAACUGUCCAAGUCCAGGGGAUUGUAACUUUGAGCGUGGACAAUGUGGGUGGAGUAAUUCCAAAACAGAUAAUUUUGAUUGGAUACUAUUUAGUGGAGCUUAUGGAGGCUCCAGACCACAUCCAACAGGAGAUCAUACAUAUGGCGUAGGAAAAGGAAAUUACUUGUACAGUCAACUUUCUGGACAGGGACGAGGCAAUAAAGCCAAAUACAUGUCACCUAACAUGCAAGCUACAGGAGUCAAUGGUCAAUGUAUGAAAUUCUGGUUCCUGUUUUAUGGCAACUCUGCUGGUACCCUGACUGCUACUGCCACUGCUGGUUCACUUUCAGUACCGUUAUGGAUUAGGUCAUAUUCUGACACCCCAGCUAAAUGGCAAUCAGGACAGUUUCCCAUUAUCAAUGUAAAUGGAUCCUACCAGAUAACCUUUACUCUCACUUCAUCAGGAGCAACCAAUAGUUAUGUGACACUUGAUGACAUAACAUUUACAACAGGAGGUUGUCAAGUGAUACCAGUAGAUGCUAUGUCAGGAAGUACCUUGCCACCAGUACCCACGGUAACAACAACAGUAGCACCGUCUUCUGCACCAUCCACAUAUGACUGUAACUUUGAGCAGGAUCUAUGUAGCUGGUCCCAAGUGACUAAUGGAGGGGACCAGUUUGAUUGGACACGUUUCCAUGGUAGCACUGGUACUGCUGGAACAGGACCUGUUACUGAUCACACUACAGCUGCUGGAUAUUAUAUCUAUAUUGAGACAUCUAAUCCACGCAGACCCAAUGACAAAGCUCAGAUCGUCAGUGCAAAUAUUGUAACCAAGACAACAAAAUGUCUGACAUUCUGGUACCACAUGUAUGGCUCAAAUGUCAAAGCACUGAACGUAUACUUAAGAUUUGCCACAACAGUAGGAAAACCAAUUUGGACACAUACUGGUACCCUUAGUAACAAAUGGUACCAAAGCCAGGUAGAUAUCCAAGGAAAUGCUACAUACGAGAUAAUGUUUGAAGGUGUCCGUGGAACUAGCUACAAGGGAGAUAUUGCCGUUGAUGACAUCACUGUAAGGGAAGGAUCAUGUGCAGGUACAAUCAAUGGAGUAUGUACAUUUGAAGAUACUCAAUUGUGUGGUUAUACUCAGGCUACGGAUGAUGAUUUUAAUUGGUCAAGAAAGAAUGGAAGAACAGCAUCAAGCAGCACAGGACCAUCAAAUGACCACACCUAUGGAACAUCAGCAGGAUAUUAUGUAUACAUCGAAACUUCUUCACCAAGAAGAUCAGGUCAAAAGGCCCGUUUGAUAAGCGGUACCAACCCAACAACUUCAGGGGUGUGUUUGACUUUCUGGUACCAUAUGUAUGGACGAACAAUGGGAACAUUAAAUGUGUAUGCCAUGAUAGGUGGAGCUUUAGGUACACCUAUUUGGUCAAAGAUUGGAAACCAAGCUAAUAAAUGGCAGAAUGCUCAAGUUACUGUCUCUUCACAAGGAUCCUGGCAGGUUGUCUUUGAAGGAGUUAUUGGAAAUCCAGUGUACAGCGAUAUUGGUAUUGAUGAUGUCCAGAUUACCCAGGGUGCAUGUGGUAACCCUGGUGAUUGUGAUUUUGAAAAAGACACUUGUAAUUGGGUAAACACAAAUUCUGGUGAUCAGUUUGAUUGGCUGAGACAAAAAGGACAAACUUCCAGUACCAGAACAGGACCAAAUUAUGACCACACAAUAGGUUCUCUGUUAGGUCACUACAUGUACAUUGAGUCUUCAGCACCAAGAGUCAAGGGAGACAAGGCUUGGCUGAUCAGUACCAGUUUCCCAUUCUCCCAGAACGCAGCUUGUAUGCAGUUUUGGUAUCACAUGAGUGGAAAUGGAGUCGGAGCUUUAAAUGUUUAUGUGAAUGAUAGUGCUUCCAGGACAUGGCUGUGGACAUUAUCUGGUGACCAAGGUACACAGUGGGUUCAAGGUCAAGUGCCUAUCCCCACACAAACAUCAGCAUAUCAGCUAACAUUUGAAGGUAUAAGAGGAACAAACUACCAAGGUGACAUUGCCAUUGAUGAUGUCACAGUCACACAAUCAUCUUGCGGAUAUAAUCCAGCAAAUGCCAAUCCAAAGAUAGCACCAACAACAACACCUCUACCAGCAUCGACAACUAACCCUCCAUUUGUAUCCCAGUCUGCAUAUGAUUGUAACUUUGAAAGUAACCUUUGUACCUGGACCAAUUUAAACGAUGAUAAAUUUGAUUGGUCGAGAGCUCAGGGACCAACUGGUUCAAAAUUAACAGGACCAACAAAUGAUCAUACUACAGGAACAGGUCAGGGAUGGUACAUGUAUAUUGAAGCAUCAGCCCCAAGGAAAUAUAAUGAUAGUGCCCAUCUGGCAUCGGCCAAUGUUCCAGCCAAUCAGCAGCAAUGUUUACAGUUCUGGUAUCACAUGUACGGACCAAACAUCAACAUGCUCAAUGUUUAUAUAAAGAUUGGAAGUAAUUAUGGCAAUGCACUAUGGACAAGACAAGGUACUCAGGGUAACAGUUGGAAACAAGGACAGGUUCAGGUACCAGCUCAGACAUCUCAGUACCAGGUAGUGUUUGAAGGACUUGUGGGAAGAAGUUACCGUGGUGAUGUAGCUAUUGAUGAUGUCAAAAUGAUAGCAGGAGCAUGUCAGGCAGCAGGUGGUCUAGCCUGUAACUUUGAAGGUUCAUCUCUUUGUGCUGGAUGGACCCAGGAUUCGACAGAUAUAUUUGACUGGACACAGCAGAAAGGAAGUACAGGCUCAACAAAUACUGGACCCAAAUUUGACCACACUUUUGGAACAUCUGCAGGAAAGUAUGUGUACAUAGAGACAAGUGCUCCUCGAGUGUCAGGUGACAAAGCCAGAUUAAUCAGUCCUCAAGUUACCUUCACACAACCUACAUGUUUACAAUUCUUCUAUCACAUGUACGGACGAAAUAUUGGUACAUUGAAUAUUUAUCAAAAGACUGGUUCAACAUUACCUAUAAAUUCAGUAUGGAGCAAGUCACUUAAUCAGGGCAACACCUGGAUCAAAGGACAAGUAACGAUACAAUCAGUGCAUACUUUUGAACAGGUUGUGUUUGAAGGCGUCCGUAGAAAUGGUGUACAGGGUGAUAUAGCACUAGAUGAUAUUAGCACUAUAGCUGGAGCUUGUGACUGUGAUUUUGAGAGUGGAUAUUGUACUUGGACGAAUGUUCAAGCUGGAGAUAACUUUGACUGGGUCCUUGGAAAAGGAAGAACAUCUAGCACUCUCACAGGACCUAGUGCAGAUCAUACAAAGGGAACCAGUGCAGGUCAGUAUAUAUUUAUUGAGGCAUCUAAUCCAAGACGUCCAGGUGACAGGGCACAACUUCGUAGUCAGUUGUUUAAUCCUACUUCUGCUAGAUGUAUAAACUUCUGGUACAACAUGUAUGGUCCAGACACUGGAAACCUGAGAGUAUGGAUACAGCCUCAGAAUGGAUCUAAUUUCAAAGUUUGGGAUCUACAAGGUGACAAAGGGGCCACAUGGCUUCAAGGAAGGACCACAUUCUCCAGCAAAGUACCAUUCUAUUUGAUAAUAGAAGCAGUACGAGGAAAUGGUUACAAAGGAGACAUAGCUGUGGACGACAUCACUUUAACUAAUACGGGCUGUCCUACUCUGCCACCAGAGGCCUCCUCCUAUGUACCAACAACCCCUGUACCAUCUUCAACUGUAAUGACCACCCCAGGGAUUGCCACACCUUAUGAUUGUAACUUUGAGAGUGGAGGAAUUUGUAGAUGGACCCAAGACAAGACUGAUAUAUUUGAUUGGACAUUUAGCAGUGGUCCAACUGGCACUGGAAAAACGGGUCCUACAAAUGACCACACGUUCCAGAAUGGAACAGGUCACUACAUUUUCAUCGAGAGCUCUUCACCCAGACGAGUCAAUGAUACUGCCAGGAUUAUCUCCCUUAACAUUAAUCCCACCAGUGGAGCCUGUGUAACCUUCUGGUACCAUAUGUAUGGUGCUCAUAUCAAUACGCUCAACUUGUACACAAAACAGAAAGGACAACUGGGUACUCCAAUCUGGACACAUACUGGUACACUUGGUAACAAGUGGAACAAGGCACAAAUCAAUAUUGUCAGUCAGACUCCAUUUCAGAUGGUGUUUGAAGGAGUUAGGGGUACCAGUUAUCAGGGAGAUAUUGGAUUGGAUGAUAUUUCAUACUCUUUCUCACCCUGCUCUGCAACAACAUCUUCCUCAAUGUGUAACUUUGAAGAUGUCAAGAUCUGUGGCUAUACACAGUCUACGAUAGACACAUUUGAUUGGACUAGGUCUGCUGGUAGAACAGGAAGUACAGGAACUGGUCCCUCUGCUGACCAUACUUAUGGAACCAAUGCUGGACAUUACAUGUAUACAGAAGCUAGUGCACCUAGACGUCCAGGAGACAAAGCUGUUCUAAUGAGUGCAAACUAUCCCAUAACACCUGGAUCAUGUCUGUCAUUCUACUAUCACAUGUACGGAUCACGAAUGGGAACUUUUAAUGUGUACCUUCGCCAGCUGUUUUCAGUAAAGAAAGUAUUUACCAAAACUGGUAACCAAGGCAACAAAUGGAUUUUGGGACAAGCUACAUUACAAACGACAACUAACUUUUCUAUGUUAUUUGAGGGAGUGAUGGGAUCUGGUUAUGACAGUGAUAUAGCUAUUGAUGAUGUUUCUAUUUCAAGUGGAGGCUGUUCCCUACCAGGAAAUUGUGACUUUGAAAAAGGUUUCUGUGCUUGGAAUAAUAUAAAAGGAGACCAGUUUGAUUGGUUAGUUGGCACAGGAAAGACUGCUUCACAAUAUACAGGACCAACAGGUGACCAUACAGUUAGUGAUGGUUCUGGAUCAGGACACUACUCCUUCAUUGAAUCCAGUGCCCCCAGAGUGAGUGGAGACAAGGCAUGGUUACAAAGUCCUCAGUUUAAUCCUACUCCAAACAAAUGUCUACACUUUUGGUAUCAUAUGCUUGGAAAUGGAAUCGGAACUUUGAAUGUACUGGUACAGAUAUCUAACUCUAACCAGACUGUAUGGAGUCUCAGUGGUAACCAGAAUGACCAAUGGAACUCAGCUCAGGUCAAUGUAGUACUGCCAUCUCGUAUGCCUUACACAGUAAUCUUUGAAGGAAUUCGUGGAUUGAGUUAUUCAGGAGAUAUAGCCAUUGAUGAUGUGUCCUUUACAUUAGAUGCAUGUACAUUACAACCAAGCAAAGCUGACCCAAGUACACAGACCAGUAAAACUGUUAUGACAACCAUUACACCAACUGUCGGAACUACACCACCACCCACUCAGUAUGAUUGUAACUUUGAAAACAACCAGCAACCACUGUGUCAAUGGCAGCAGGAUAAAACAGACCAGUUUGACUGGACCCGUGCACAAGGUCCAACUGGUUCCUCUUUAACUGGUCCCACUGUUGAUCACACUACUGGCACCAAAAAUGGAUGGUAUAUUUACAUUGAGGUGUCAGGCCAACAUAGUGUCAAUGAUAAAGCCAGGAUUGUCUCCCCUAGUAUCAGUGACUCUCAACAAAGAUGUCUAACCUUUUGGUACAACAUGUAUGGUGUUCACAUCAACACACUGAAUGUGUAUGUGCAGGCCUCUGGUAAUCUGGGACCAACAUUAUCCAACCCAGUAUGGACACGCAAGGGUACACAGGGUAACCAGUGGAAACAGGGCAAAGUACCAAUUAACCCUGUAGGAUCUUACCAGGUGAUAUUUGAAGCACUCCGUGGAGUAAGUUACCGUGGUGAUAUAGCUAUUGAUGACAUCAGAAUGGCUAUUGGUUCAUGUAAUCCAGCAAGCACCACGAGUACAUCUUGUAGCUUUGAGAAUGACCAGUGUGGAUACGUAAACAAUGUUACUGAUACAUAUCACUGGAAACGACAGGCUGGAGGUACACCAAGCCGUGGAACUGGACCAACUGUUGACCAUACCCUCGGUACAAGACAGGGACAUUACAUGUUUAUGGAAUCAUCAUCUCCAAUGAGACCAAAUCAGACGACCCACCUCAUCACACCAUCUUACCAAGCUAAUGCUAAUUCUCCACAGUGUUUGAAAUUCUAUUAUCAUAUGUAUGGACAAAAUGUUGGAGCUUUGAAUAUCUAUACAAUGAACACAGGAUCCCAACAGGCAGGCAAUGCUAUCUGGAACAGAAACUUCAACCAAGGGAAUAAGUGGCAGAUUGGACAAGUUGCUCUAUACCCAACACAAUCUUUCCAGGUUGUAUUUGAGGGUGUUAGAGGAAAUGGCUACCUAGGAGAUAUAGCAAUUGAUGAUGUCUCAAUUUCACCUGGAUCUUGUAAUUCACCAGGAUUCUGUGAUUUUGAAAAAGACACUUGUAGUUACCAAAAUCUUCAAACAGAUGAUUUUGAUUGGUUGAGACACAGAGGAAAGAGUGCUAGUGCCUCUACUGGUCCCAGCACUGACCACACCAAAGGAACCAGUCUAGGAUACUACAUGUACAUUGAAACAAGUAAUCCUAGAGUGGCAGGCAAUAAGGCAAGAUUUGUCAGUGAAGUUUUCCCGCCAAAACAGACUGGAUCCUGUUAUGUCUUCUGGUACCAUAUGUAUGGAGCAGAUGUUGACACAUUGAACAUUUACAUUCUUCUGAAUCAAACAUCAGAUACCAUAUCAACAGAAGCAUUGCUAUGGCAACAGAAAGGUGAUAAUGGUGAUGUAUGGCAGAAUGGACAGAUGAACAUUCCAACAAAAUACACAGCCAAACCAUAUCAGAUAUUGAUUGAAGGAGUUCGAGGAAAAAGUUACAAGGGUGACAUAGCUAUUGAUGAUGUAGUCCUGAAUGAUGGAAGCUGUCAGACUUUACCUUCUGAUGCUGAUGUUUCUUCAUAUGGUGCUGGAAGUCCAUUCUGUGAUUUUGACACUGAUACAUGCAGUUGGACCCAAAGUGUUUCAGACCAAUUCAACUGGACCAGAAGUAAUGGAGGAACACCAAGUUCUGGAACAGGUCCUCUAGGAGAUCAUAGCGGAACAGGUUACUACAUGUACAUCGAAGCAUCAGGUCAGAGACCAAGGAGUAGGGCUGUCCUUGUUUCACAGGUCAAUGCCCCAACACUGGCCGCUGGCAACUGUUUUGUUUUCUGGUAUCACAUGUAUGGUCCACAGAUAGGUAGUCUUAGUGUGUUUACACAAUCUCAAGGAAGAAAUAUUCAAAGAUGGACGAAAUCUGGAACACAAGGAAACAAAUGGCAACAAGCUAGUUUUACUUUUACAAGUACUACAGAUUAUCAGAUUAUGAUUCAAGGAAUGGUUGGUAAUGGUUGGGCAGGUGACAUGGCUAUAGAUGAUGUUAACAUGGAUAGUGUCCCUUGUGUGAACUCUUCGUUGAUUAAUCAGAAUACUGGAACUUCCUGUAACUUUGAGAAUGGAUACUGUGGGUGGACGCAGGACAAAACGGAUGAUUUUGAUUGGAUGAGGCAUGCUAAUACAACAGGUACAGCAGGAACUGGACCGUAUGCUGAUCAUACCACUGGUUCAGGAGCAGGGUACUACAUAUACACUGAGGCCUCCAAUCCCAGACGACCAAAUGAUAAAGCAAGGUUACUUAGUCCAGUAUACCCCCAGACUAGUGGUGAAUGUCUGAAAUUCUACUAUAAUAUGAACGGAAGAACUAUGGGAACAUUCAAUAUCUACACUGCUGAUACAAGUGGUAACCUUGGAACUCCAAUAUGGUCAAAGUCAGGUAACCAAGGCAACAAGUGGAACUAUGGUGAAGUAACACUAAAAACAGCUGGUAGUUUCCAGAUUGUACUUGAGGGUGUAAGAGGAUCCAGUUACUCCAGUGACAUUGCUGCCGAUGAUGUCUCUAUAACUGCUGGCCCAUGUGCUCAACCUGGAUCAUGUGACUUUGAAACUGGUUUCUGUGGAUAUUCUAAUGUUCAGCAAGGAGACCAGUUUGACUGGGAUAUGGGAUCUGGAAAAUCACCAUCAUUCUACACUGGACCUAAUAAUGACCAUACAAUAAAUUCUGCACAAGGUCAUUAUGUGUUUAUAGAAAGUAGUACUCCACAGAACGUAGGUGACAAGGCAUGGUUAGUUAGUGAAUCAUUACAACCAACAACAGGUGCUUGUCUAACCUUCUGGUACAACAUGUAUGGAUCAGGCAUUGGUUCCUUGAAUGUAAUUCAAACGACCACUACAUCAAACACAACUCUGUUUACUGACUCUGGUAACAAGGGACAAGUAUGGCUGAAGGGACAGAGUGACCUGACAUCUAUUAGUCAGUUUAAGAUAGUAUUUGAGGCAGUCAGAGGAUCUAAUUACAAAGGAGAUAUUGCUCUGGAUGAUAUCAGUAUCAACGCUGGAAUAUGUUCUCUACAGACUACUACUGGGGUCACUCAACCAACCGUAGCACCUACUCAAGCUGCCCUCCAGUUCUGUACAUUUGAAAGUGGAUUGUGUGGAUAUGUACAAGAUACCACAGACACUCUGAACUGGAUCAGGAAAAACAGGGGCACAACAAGUGUGGGCACUGGACCUAGCUUUGACCAUACUACACUCAAUACUAAUGGUUAUUACAUCUAUAUUGAGGCCAGUAACAAUAGUAACAAGACAGCAAGGAUAAUCAGUCCUGGAAUAUCCACCACAGCUACUGUUUGUGUGUCUUUCUGGUACCAUAUGUAUGGAGCUCAUAUCAAUAAGCUCACACUGUAUGCUAAACAUGGGAGCAGUAAACUUCUUAUGUGGCAACAGACAGGAAACAAGGGAAAUAAGUGGAUCAACGGUAAAGUGGAUGUUAUUGCUAACACUGGAGACCAGGUGAUAUUUGAAGGAGCCACUGGAACCAGUUACCAAGGAGACAUUGCUCUAGAUGACAUCUAUAUUCUGAAUGGACCAUGUCAGUCUGCUGCAUCUGUCUGUGACUUUGAAACAUCAAGCAUCUGUGGAUAUCAACAAGCCAUUGAUGACAAUUUUGAUUGGACAAGGGGAAAUAGUGGCACAUCUUCUAGUGGCACAGGACCACCAUCUGAUCAUACCUAUGGAACAUCACAGGGACAUUACAUGUAUAUUGAAUCCUCGGCUCCAAGAGUACAAGGUGACAAAGCCAGACUGACAACUCCACAGCUGCCACCAACCAACAAUAAAUGUUUGACCUUCUGGUACCACAUGUAUGGUAGUGAUAUAGGUACCCUUAAUGUAUAUGUCAGUACAUAUAAUAAACUGGCCAGUCCACUUAUAACACUCCAGGGUGACAAAGGAAAUAAAUGGAAAAUAGCACAGACAACAAUUCAGUCUCAAUCUAACUACAAGAUUGUUUUCGAAGGAAUUAGAGGAGGUGGUUAUAAAGGAGAUUUGGCUAUCGAUGACAUUAAAAUGACAGAUGGCUCUUGUGCUGGAACAGGAACUUGUAACUUUGAGAAAGAUUUGUGUGGCUGGGUUCAAAGACAAGAUGACAAAUUUGAUUGGAUUAGAAGGAGAGGAAGUACUCCCUCUGUUGGUACUGGUCCUCCUGGAGAUCACACACUGGGAAAUAAUGCAGGAAACUAUCUGUUUAUCGAAGCCAGUCGACCGAGAGUACAAGGGGAUAAUGCUAUUAUCCAAUCACAGAAUAUUCCUAAUGCAGAAUACUGCUUUAAAUACUGGUACAAUAUGAAUGGUGUUGGUAUAGGGGCGCUCAAUGUGUCUUACAUGUAUACUGAUGGAACCAAAACAUUACUAAAAUCAUUAGCCGGAAACCAAGGAGCAAGUUGGAAGCAGGCAAUAGUACCAAUAAAAACAGCAUAUCAAGAUUUCACUAUACUGGUAGAAGGAUCUGUUGGCAGUAGUUACAAAGGAGAUAUUGCUGUAGAUGACUUUGUCCUUGACCCCUUCAGUUGUAGUACAGAAGUACCAUCUAAUGGAACCUACAAUUGCCAAGAUGGAAAAGGAUCAACAAUACCACAGAAUAAAGUUUGUGAUUUCAAAAAUGAUUGUCCUAAUGCAAUGGAUGAAAGUGACUGUGGAGCAUGUGACUUUGAGACUGAUUUCUGUUCCUGGACUACCCUUGGAACUGGUGCCUUUACCUGGUCAAGGGGAGGUAAUCAAACUGCCACAGCCAAUACUGGACCAGCAUUUGACCACACAAUAGGGAAUUCAAGAGGUCAUUACAUCUAUGUUGAUGCUAACCAAGGAACAUUCACAAGUACAGCAGAAUUAGAUGGAACACUGUUACAAGCAUGCAGCUCUACCUGUCAGCUCAAUUUCUGGUACCAUAUGUAUGGAUCAGGUAUUGGAACUUUGAGAGUUUUGAUUCAAGUUGGAAACAAGUACACAGAGAUUUGGAAACAAUCCAGAAACCAAGGCAACAAAUGGAUUCAGGCUACAGUAGAUAUUGGUAGAGUAGCCCAACCAUUCAGUUUGGCAUAUAGAGCUACCAGAACUUUUAAUGUGCGUGGAGACAUAGCUCUUGAUGACGUUCAACUGAUGAACUGUAACUUCCCUGCAGUACAGCAAUCAUGUCUGUCCAAUCAGUUCAGGUGUACCAGAGGAGCUUGUGUAUCUAAAAAUACCCUGUGUGACUUCACUGAUGAUUGUGGUGACAAUAGUGAUGAAGGAAAUUGUGCUAAAUUUCCUGGAAGAUGUGAUUUUGAAACCAGUUUGUGUGGGUGGAGUCAAGACACAACUGAUACAUUUGAUUGGAUAAGAGCCACUGACCAUACAGCUAGUGGUGGUACUGGACCAUCCAGAGAUCACACUAAAGGCACUGCUAACGGAUAUUACAUGUUCAUAGAAUCAUCAAGACCCAGGAAGCCUGGAGAUGUAGCAAGAAUUGUCAGUCCAACAUUAGCCAUCAAUACAAACAAUCAAAAUUCAGUCUGCACAUUCAGACUAUACUACCACAUGUUUGGAAGUGGAAUUGGAACGCUGAAUGUCUACACCAGAACAGCUGUUGGAGGACCACUUAAAAAGAUAUGGACCAAGUCUGGAAAUGUUGGAGAUUUCUUUGAAAGGAGAGAUAUACAGAUACUUGAAAAUAAUCCAUUCCAGGUGUUAGUAGAAGGCGUGGUUGGUAGUAGUUACAAAGGAGAUAUUGCUAUUGAUGAUUUAUCAUUCUCUGAUGGAUGUAUGCUAAGUUCAGGUACAAUACCAACUGGUACCCCAGGACCAGCAACCACUCCUAAUCCAUGUGGAGCUAACAGUACUCAGUGUGUCACUGGAACAAAAUGUAUACCUAAUUUCCAAUUGUGUGAUUUUACAUACCAGUGUGCAGACAAAUCAGAUGAAGCUAACUGUGGAACAUGUAAUUUUGAGAAAAAUCAAUGUGGCUGGCAAGAUUCCAGUACUGGACGUUACAAUUGGCAUAUCUUCCAAGGUUCUUCUCCAGGAACAGGAGGCCCAUCGAGUGAUCACACCACAAAUAACGCACAAGGACAUUACAUGUUGGUGGAGGGUUCUACUGGUACCUUUUUCAGCAGAGCCUACCUGGACACACCUGUAUUCCAAGCCACUGCUGCCAGUUGUCAUAUCACAUUUUGGUUCAAUAUGAAUGGGGCUUUGGCAGGCAAUGUUCAGUUGUAUGUCAUCAACUCUAAUAAACCUACCCAAAGAACUUUGAUCUGGUACAAGACUGGUUCCCAAGGCAUUGGAUGGAAGAAUGCCUCAGCAGACAUUGGUCAACUUUCAGCAGGUUACAAGCUAAGAUUCCAAGCCUUCCCUAACAAAGGCUUUGGUUCCUUGUCGAAGGUACCUAAUGCAGAUAUAGCAAUUGAUGAUGUCAAAUUUGUAGACUGUAGUCCCACACAAAUCUUCACGGAUAAAACUGUGAACUGUACAUUUGAAUCUGAUUUCUGUGGAUAUUUCCAAGAUACAAAGGAUGAUUUUGAUUGGACUAGAACUAAUCAAGCUUCACCAACCAGAGGGACGGGUCCAGAUAGAGAUCACACAACUGGAACAGGAUAUUAUAUCUAUAUUGAGACUUCCUCACCAAGACAUCAGGGUGAUCGAGCUGUAUUAUCUACUGGUAUCCAGCAACCUGAAGCAAACGGUGUAUGUUUAACAUUCUGGUAUCACAUGUUCGGUGCCCAUGUCAACACGCUGAAUGUCUACCAACAAACUACUGACGGAAACAAGUCAAUGAUCUGGACCACAUCUAAAACACAAGGAAAUGUAUGGAGAAAAGCCACCAGGACGGUUACCAGUCAAACACCAUUUAAGAUCCUGUUUGAAGGUGUUGUAGGUCUUAGUUGGCAAGGAGACAUAGCUCUGGACGAUAUCAGCAUGGUUAAUGACCAGUGUCCACCAACAAGACUCUGUGACUUUGAAGCAGAUAUCUGUGAUUGGACACAGGAAUUAUCAGCAGAUCAGUUUGAUUGGAAGAGAGAUAGGAAUGGUACUAGUUCUACUGGAACCGGCCCAUUGUAUGACCACACAACUGAAAGCCAGUAUGGUUAUUACAUAUAUACUGAGGCUUCAUCACCAAGAAAAAUAGGAGAUAAAGCUCGCCUUAAUAGUCCUUUGUUUGUUCCUGACCCAAAAAGUGGAAAGGAAUGUCUGACUUUCUGGUAUCACAUGCAUGGUGUUAGUAUUGGCAAGUUAAACGUUUACAUCAGACAACAGAACUUCAACGAUAAGCUGGUAUGGGUACAACAAGGAAAUCAACCAGAUCUCUGGUAUUAUGCUACUGUUCAACUCAAUCCAACUCAGAAAUAUCAGAUCAUCCUGGAAGGAGUUAUGGGUAAUGGUUACCAAGGAGAUAUAGCUGUUGAUGAUUUAGCUGUGUUACCGGGAGCUUGCCCAGCACCUGGAAAUUGUGAUUUCGAAUCUGACACUUGUGGUUAUCUGAACACCCGUGUAGGUGAUCAGUUUGAUUGGUUAAGAUCAACAGGAGGAACUUUGACCCCUAACACUGGACCAUCAGUUGACCACACGACAGGCACAGAUCAAGGAUUCUACAUGUUCAUUGAAUCAUCAGGUCGUACCAAGGGAGAUAGAGCCUGGUUCUACAGUCAAUACUUCCCCAAAACAACUGGUUCCUGCUUCUCUUUCUGGUAUCAUAUGUAUGGAGCAGAUAUUGGAUCAUUAAGACUUUACAAACCAGAUCAGACUCAAACACUUAUGUUAUGGAAUGCCACAGGAAACCAAGGAAAUAUAUGGAAACAAUCACAAGUCUACAUCACAAGUCCAUCAAAAAUGUGGCAGGUGACCUUUGAUGGAGAAGUUGGAGGAGGAUAUGCAGGUGAUAUCGCUAUUGACGACAUUCAGGUCCAUACUGGAUUCUGUAACCAGACUGUUGCCACAACAACCAUGAUGCCAGGAACCACUGUUACAUAUGCACCAACAAAUGUUGACUGUAACUUUGAUGGUAAUAACAUUUGUCAGUGGACGCAAGACCAAACGAAUCAAUUCCAGUGGACAAUUAAAAGAGGAACUACUACUUCAGUCUCAACAGGUCCUCCAUAUGACCAUAGUACACAGAGUUCAGCAGGGUACUAUAUUUACACCGAAUCAUCAGGACGGAAAAGAAAUGAUACAGCCAGAAUUAUAAGUCCAAGUGUGUUUAUGAUGGACAGUGGGAAGUGUGUCAAGUUUUGGUACCAUAUGUACGGAGAAAAUAUAUAUCUCAUGAACUUCUAUGCUAAAUCAGGGACAACUCUCGGAACACCAUUAUGGACGAAGCAAGGAAAUCAAGGCAACCAAUGGGAAUAUGGACAAGUUUAUGUGACCCCACAUGCAUUGUCAUCUGUAUCAGGCCAGACUCAGGCAACUGUUGAGUUUGUUUUUGAGGGUGUGUUAGGAUUGGGAUACAAAGGUGAUAUGGCUUUAGACGAUAUAUCAAUGAAUGACGGACCAUGUCCACCAUCAAGCACCUGCGACUUUGAGACAGUUGACCUAUGUGGAUAUGUCCAGGAUUCAACUGAUACACUUAAUUUUGAUUGGAUAAGAGCAUCAGGAAAAACAGCAUCAGCUAAUACUGGUCCCUCGUUUGACCAUACUUAUGGUACUAAAGCCGGUUACUACAUGUACAUUGAGUCAUCCAGACCAAGGUUACCAGGUAAUAAAGCCAGACUAUUAACUCCUAAAUAUCCAGCAACCAAUGGGAAGUGCUUAACAUUCUACUAUCACAUGUAUGGAAAUGGUAUCGGCACAUUGAAUAUCAAAAUGUUCCAACAAGGACAGUUUGUACCACCAAUCUGGACAAGGAGCGGUAACCAAGGCAACAUCUGGAGAAUUGGACAAGUCAAUUUAGUAACAGCUUCUACAUUCCAGGUUGCGUUUGAAGCUGUUCGUGGUCGUACCUACUCAGGUGAUAUAGCUAUUGAUGAUGUCAACAUUAUUGAUGGCAAAUGUCCACCUCCUGGUAACUGUAACUUUGAGAAGGGACUGUGUACUUGGUCUAACGACAUAAUAGGAGAUGAUUUUGAUUGGAUUAGACAUCAGGGAAGAACAGUUAGUUCUGGCACAGGACCAACAGCAGAUCACACCAUAGGCAACCAGAAUGGGUUCGUUUAUAUUGAAACAUCAAGUCCAAGGAAGCCAGGUGAUGUAGCUAGACUUCUGAGUACACCGUUCCAAGCAGUUUCAUCUGGUAACUGUCUUUCAUUCUGGUACUACAUGUAUGGACCAACUAUUGGAAAUUUACAAGUUUUUGUCACAUCAUCAUCAAGAAGGUCUCUGUUCUGGUCUAAAGCAGGAACACAACCUGACCAAUGGGUUCAAGCCACCAGAACUAUUAAUUCAACAACAGAUUUCAGAAUGUCUAUAACUGGAACUGUUGGAAAAGGACCCCAGGGUGAUAUAGCAAUAGAUGAUCUUACCUACACUGCUGGACCUUGUCCAUUAAAACCAGGAUGUGACUUUGAAAGUGGUUUCUGUGAUUGGCAACAGAGUACAGCUGAUGAUUUCAAUUGGUCAAUAGGUGUAAAUGGUACAACAUCAAGGGGAACUGGUCCCCCAUUCGAUCACACAUAUGGAUCCAGCUCAGGUCACUAUGCUUAUAUUGAAACUUCAGGACAACAACCUAAUAACAGAGCAGUACUUACAACUCCUACAAUUCUAGGACAGGCAUACCAGGCUAAGUGUAUGCAGUUCUGGUAUCACAUGUAUGGCACAACAAUUGGGUCUUUAAAUAUCUAUAUCCAAAAUAAUGGAUCACAAGCACGUCAAAUUUGGUCAAGGACAGGAAACCAACAAAACAUUUGGAGGCAUGGACAAGUCAACAUAAACAAUUACGGACCUUACAAAGUUUUAAUUGAAGGGGUCAGAGGUCUUAGUUACCAGGGUGAUAUUGCCAUUGACGAUGUUGUUAUUACUGAUGGUUCGUGUUCUCCUGCAGGAACUUGUAAUUUUGAACAGGAUACCUGUGGAUGGACCAAUGCUUUGGUAGGAGAUAAUUUUGAUUGGCAGAGAGAUUAUGGUGGAACAAGAAGUUCUAGGACUGGACCUAAUGUAGAUCAUACCCUAGGAACUGUUCAAGGUCAUUAUAUGUACAUUGAAACAUCAGGUAGUGGAAGAACCAUUGGUGAGAAGGCAUGGUUGGUCAGUGAUAUUAUGAAACCAAUAACCAGUGGCUGCAUGAAUUUCUGGUACCACAUGUAUGGAGCAGGUGUUGGAAAAUUGAAUAUGUACAAACAGACAUUUGGAACCACAUCUAUGAACUUAAUAUGGUCGUCCUCUGGUAACCAUGGAAAUGUAUGGUUGAUGUCAACAGUUGCGGUUUCUUCUGCACAAGAGUUUAAUGUGAUCUUUGAAGGAGUGUAUGGAGGAAAUUAUACUGGAGACAUUGCUAUUGAUGAUGUCAGCUUUACAACAUAUGGAUGUUCACAGAUACCACCAUCAACUACUUCAAUGUACCCACCAUCCACAUCCAGAAGUCCAUAUCCACCAACAGCUAUAGAUUGCAACUUUGAAAAUGGUAUAUGUUUAUGGAAUCAAGAUCAAAAUGAUACAUUUGAUUGGUCAAUGCAUACAGGAGCAACCGUGUCGGCAAAAACAGGACCAAUAUCAGAUCACACACUUCAGAACUCAGCUGGACACUACGUUUAUAUAGAGGUAUCAGGGAAAGCAGCCAAUAGUACAGCAAGAAUAAUAAGUCCCAAUGUCAACAUACGUUCAUCUGGUGUGUGUUUGAAGUUCUGGUACAAUAUGUAUGGUGCUAAUGUCAAUAGACUGAAUGUGUACUCUAGAAAUGGUGGUGUGAUGAGUCAAGUGUGGACUCGACUUGGAAACCAAGGUUUAGACUGGAAGUAUGCUCAGGUACACAUAACAAAUCAAGGACUUGGUCAGCAGCUUGUGUUUGAAGGUGUGGCUGGAACUAGUUAUAGUGGGGACAUUGCACUGGAUGAUGUUACAUUUAACACUGGAGACUGUCCACAGUCAACUGUAUGUGAUUUUGAAGAUGGCCUCUGUGGUUACACACAAGAUAAAAGUGAUCAGUUUGACUGGACCCUACAUACAGGAAGGACUAAUAGUAAUAGAACUGGACCUAGUGCAGAUCACACUUUCCAGACAAAUGAAGGAACUUAUAUUUACAUUGAGUCAUCUUUACCUAGACAUCAGAAUGACAAAGCUCGACUAGACUCACCACUUUAUCCACCUACUAGUGGCUCUUGUCUCAACUUCUAUUACAACAUGUAUGGCAGAAAUGUAGGAGCACUGAAAGUCUACAUCAGACCAGCUGGUAUCACUACCUUAGGUCGUCCUAUGAGGACAUUUGGACAUAACCAUGGAACUGACUGGUUUCCAGCUCAGCUUACUAUCCAGAGUGGUACCCCAUAUAGGAUAACAUUUGAAGGGGUUAUUGGUAAUGGCUAUCAAGGUGACAUUGCACUGGAUGACAUCAUGCUGCGAACAGGAAGCUGUUCACCUAGAGGAAGCUGUGACUUUGAGCAUGAUACUUGUGAAUGGAGAAACCGUGGAAAUGACAAGUUUGACUGGGAGAGAGUGCAUGGUAAAACUGUUACUUCAAAUACUGGACCACCAGCUGAUCACACUUUGAACACACAAUAUGGAACUUACCUAUACAUAGAAGCUUCAACACCAAGAAAGCCUGGUGACAAUGCUAUCAUUAGUUCACCAUGGUUCCCUAAUAUUAAUUCAAGCAGAUGUUUAACAUUGUGGUAUAACAUGCAUGGUUCUGGGAUGGGAACACUCAAUAUCUAUAAAUGGCUGCCAAGACAACAGAAACAGAAGGUCUUUUCUCUGACGGGAGAGCAAGGUACUGCAUGGAAACAAGCCCAGGUGACCAUACCACCCACAGCAUCUGUUGGAUACAUUCUCUACAUUGAAGCAGUUGUUGGUAGUAGUUACCUAAGUGAUAUUGCUAUAGACGAUAUAUCUGUUAUUGACUCCAGCUGUGCAGCAAUACCCCCAACAACAACUGCAUCAUCAUGUGCAUACACAUGUACAGGUGGAAAUAGACAGUGUAUAAGUAGUGACAAACUUUGUGACUUCAACCUAGAUUGUUCUGAUGGUGGAGACGAAGCACAAUGUGGAUAUAGUUGUACAUUUGAAAAUGGUCAGACAUGUAAGUGGACGAACAGCUCCAAGACUUCCUUUACAUGGUUAAAAUUCAGAGGUGCUACUCCAGAUUCCAACACUGGACCUUCAACAGAUCAUACAACAAAUGGACCAAAUGGAUAUUACAUGUAUGUGGAUGCAAGUAAUGGAGGAUUUUACAACCAUGCAUACUUUACCAGUCCCAUGUUAAAACAAGCCGCAAGCACCUGCCAAAUGUCAUUCUGGUAUCAUAUGUACGGUUCAGGGAUUGGAAACUUGUAUGUGUUCUCCAAAACAUCAGGAAGUUCAACAAACACAAGACUUUGGAACUUGGCUGGAGAUCAAGGCAACCGAUGGAACCAGGCUAUAGUCAGAAUUGGUAGAAUUGAUACCAACUUCCAAAUGAUUAUUGAUGCACGCAGAUCAUUCAGUACACAAGGAGAUAUUGCUAUAGAUGAUAUACAGUUACAGGGCUGUGGACUUCCUGCCGUUAGUACAUCAUGUGAUACAACUCAUACUUUCCGUUGUCAGAGAGGAUCAUGUAUAUCACAGAAUCGUGUUUGUGAUUACACUGAUGACUGCGGUGACAAUACAGAUGAACAGAUCUCAACCUGCAGCGCCUAUCCAGGAUGCAACUUUGAAACUGGCUUAUGCAAAUUCCAACAACUACAGGAUGAUGACUUUGAUUGGACAAAGCGAGCAGGAACCACUCCAACAGUAAAUACUGGACCAGCAAGAGAUCACACACUGAAUACAAACUCUGGACAAUACCUUUAUAUUGAAACAUCUACACCUAGACAGCCAGGACAAAAGGCACGACUUGCUAGUCAAUUCUUUCAAGCAGUACCAAACACUCCAUAUUGUACAAUGAGAAUAUAUUACUUCAUGUUUGGAAAAGAUGUAAAUACAUUAGCAAUCUAUACAAGAACUGUCAUAAAUGGAGCACAGUUGCUGAGAUACAGGAGAACAGGAAAUCUAGGAGAGUACUGGGAAAGAAGGGAGAUCACUGUGUCAUCAACAGCACCAUUCCAGUUUAUUAUAGAGGCAACUGUUGGUCAGUCAGCUUAUAGUGACAUUGCCAUAGAUGAUAUAUCAUUUACCACAAAUUGUAGACCAUACAUGGGAUCAGUAUCAACUGUACCUGCAGGCUCUGUGACAACAGUGGCACCAUCUGGUAAAUGUCCUACAGGACAGUUCCAAUGUACCAAUGGUAAAUGUAUCAAUGCCGCUUUAAGAUGUGAUUUCCUAAAUCAGUGUGGUGACAAUUCUGACGAACUUCAAUGUCAGGAGUGUAACUUCCAAUUCUCAACAUGUGGUUGGGUAGACAAGAGUUCAGGAAGAUAUCAAUGGGACAGACAUAAUGGAUCCACAUCUACUGGUCCUAGGACAGACCACACCUACGGCACCUCAUCCAUUGGUAAUUACAUGUAUGUGGAUGCAGGCACUGGACAAUCAUAUGGAAAAGCUGUACUAGUUGCACCACCAUUUGGCAGCCUUAAUUCUUUAUGUCAACUUACUUUCUACUACUACAAGAACACAAAUUCGGCCAAUUCAUCACUUCAACUCUUCUUGGUACCUGCUAAUGUUCAAUACAAUGCAAACUUUGGUAGGAUCAGAGUAUGGUCAGCUUUUGGUAAUCAUGGUAACACUUGGAAUUUGGCAACCGUUGGUAUUGGCAGACGACAACCUGGAUACUACCUUGUUUUGGAAUCUGUGCAUUCUGGGACAGUAGAUACGGCUGUUGAUGACUUCCAUUUUACAAACUGUGGGUUAGGUCCAUCAACAACAUUCUGUACAAACAAUCAGUUUACAUGUGCAAGAAAAUCUUGUGUCGAUCUAUCCUAUGUAUGUGACUAUUCAGAUGACUGUGGGGACCAAUCAGAUGAAAAGAAUUGUACAAAUUAUGUUGAACGUUGUAAUUUUGAAACAGAUCUUUGUAAUUGGAUUCAAGAUGAUACAGAUAAUUUCCAGUGGAGUUAUGGACAAGGGAAAACAUCAACCACUGGUACAGGUCCAGGGUCUGAUCAUACAUAUGGAACCACUGUAGGACAUUAUGUAUACAUUGAGUCCUCUUCUCCAAGGAAAAUGGGAGAUGCAGCCAGAUUGAAGAGUCCUGUAUUCUCUCAAAAUUCUAAUAAUUGUAAAAUAAGGUUCUAUUAUCAUAUGUAUGGAGCUGAUAUUAAUGCUCUCAACUUGUAUGUGGAAAAUUAUGAGACUGGACCAAGAAGCUUACUAUGGACAAAGAAUGGUUCUCAAGCUGACAUGUGGAUAAGAGCAGUGGUAUCACUUACUAGCUCAUCACCAUUUAGAGUUGUAAUAGAAGGGGUCAGAGGUAAAGGUUACAAAGGUGACAUUGGAAUUGAUGAUGUAUCCUUCACUCCAGGAUGUCAGGUAGUUUCAAGAGGGAAACUCCCAUAUGUUUUUACACCCCCAGGGCCAUGUGGAAAGGGCAAGUGGCAAUGUACAAAUAAGAAUUGUAUAGAUUACAACAAGAUGUGUGACUUUAAGAAUGAUUGUGGUGACAACAGCGAUGAAUUGAUGUGUCCUUCAUCCUGUACAUUCAGCAGCGGCAGCACAUGUUAUUGGACAAAUAGUAAUCCAGGAAACUGGACAGUGACAAGCAAUGGUAACCCUACACAAAAUACUGGACCAAGCAGUGACCACACUUCUCCUACUACAACAAAUGGAGGAUAUGCAGUUGCAAACAAAAUAGCCAAUGGCACAAGUAAUAUAUUCCGUUUCAAUAGCCCCUUAUAUCAUCAAGCUGGAAAGAUGUGUAACUUCUCUCUGUGGUACAAUAUACAUGGACAUGGAUUUAGACAAUUCCGUAUUCUAAUUCAAUCUGGUGGCUCAGAAAGCACACUAUUUUCACUUUAUUAUAGUGCUUUAAACAAACAAAAUGGACAAUGGCAACAAGCUCAAGUGGCAUUACCUAUUUGUGCGCAACAAUUUCACAUCAUAGUAGAAGCCAUAAGUUAUGGUAGAAGAGCUGGAUAUGUUGCAAUUGAUGAUCUUCAGUUCAGUAACUGUGUAACACCCCAGUCUACAGGAUCUUGUACAGCAAACCAGUACACUUGUCUCAGUGGCAACUGUGUCCCAAUGAACUUGAGAUGUGACCUUCAGAAUGAUUGUUGUGAUGGUUCAGAUGAGAUCAAUUCCCUUUGUUCUGGAUACAACCAGUGUACUUUUGAAUACACAAUGUGUGGCUGGCAGCAAUUGAAAAAUGAUCAGUUUGAUUGGAUUAAAAAGAGAGGCCCUACUUCUUCAUCUGGAACAGGUCCAAGUCAGGAUCAUACGACAGGUUCAAGGUCAGGCUAUUAUCUAUAUAUAGAAUCAUCUAGACCUAGAAAGCAGAAUGACACAGCUAGCAUUGGUUUGUACUUGCCAUCACCAACUGGCCAGUGUUCAAUGAGGUUCUGGUAUCAUAUGUAUGGAUUGAACAUAGGAUCUCUAAAUGUUUAUCAAAAUACACUAAGUACGGGAAAAUCACAACUCGCUUCUAUAUCAUCACAACAAGGAAACAAAUGGUUAAGAAAAGAAGUAGUAUUAACAUCUAAUUCGCCAUUCCAGGUCAUCAUUGAGGGCGUUGUUGGAGCCGGUGUUUCUGGUGACAUAGCUAUUGAUGAUAUAAGUUUCACACCAGGAUGUGGUCAACCCAAGUAUGUUACACCAUCUGUAAAACCAAUGACCACACCACGACCAAAUCUCUGUCAACCAGGACAGUUCCAGUGUGAUAAUAACAAAUGCAUCAAUAAUGGACAAGUUUGUAAUUUCUAUACAGAUUGUGAUGAUGGCAGUGAUGAGAAGAGAUGCCCAACUGACUGUACAUUUGAAGGAGGACAAGGUAAUUGUGGAUUUAAUGAAACUCAAGUAGAUGGUUUUGAUUGGCAAGUUGGAACUGGUGGUGACACUUCAAGACUUGUAGCACCAGCAGUUGAUGCUACUAAACAAAAUCAAAAUGGUCACUUCCUGUAUAUUAAUGACGGAACUGGUGGACAUCCAAGUGGCAAAAAAGCUGAAGUGAGGAGUCCAACUUACACAGUAGCUAAUGCAGAUUGUAAAGUGAUGUUUUCAUACUACGCAUAUGGUCAGAGCCUGGGAACACUUUAUCUAUACGUAGUUGAAGGGACUGUAAAAACACAAUUAUGGAGAUUAUCAAAGUUUGUACGCAAAACAAAUGACCAGUGGCAUACAAUUACAGUUGGUAUCGGUCACCGUAGCAAACCUUUUAAUCUUCUCUUCACUGACACAGCAUCAACAUAUAGUGGAGGUACCGCUCUGGACGACAUAAAGUUUGCAGAUUGUAGCAUGCAACCAGCAGUUUCCACUUGCAACACCCAGACACAUUUCUCGUGUGGUAACAAAGCAUGUAUUGGUUUGAAUUACUUAUGUGACUUGACUGACAAUUGUGGAGAUGGUACAGAUGAACUUAAUUGUGGAACUUACAAGGAAUACAACUUUGAGACUGGAUUUAGUGACUUGAUACAAAGUAAUAAUGGUGAUGAUGACUUUGAUUGGACACUAUUUUCUGGAGCAACAUCAACUUCAUAUACUGGUCCCUUAUGGGAUCAUACAACAGGAACCAGUCAAGGUCAUUACAUUUACAUGGAGGCUUCUGGUAGAAAAUUCAAUCAGAAAGCAUGGUUGAUAACCAAACCAUUCUACCGUACAACUGGAAAGGAUUGUAGUAUGAGAUUCUACUCCUACAUGUAUGGACAGUAUGUAAAUACGUUGACAGUUUAUUAUAGAAUCUACAACUCCGGCUCACCAACCAAAGAUCUUUUCACCAGAGCUCAGGAACAAGGAGCAUACUGGGAAAGGCAUGAGAUACCACUGAAUGUCAGUCAAAGUUUCCAGAUUAUCAUAGAGGCCAAGGUUGGUGACAGUUACCUUGGUGAUAUUGCCAUUGAUGAUUUGACCUUCACACCUGGUUGUCAAUUUGCCCAGGAAGGCUUGCCAAAUCCACCAGCCACUAUACCAUCACCAUCUCAGGGAGCAGUGACCACACCUGUACCUAAGUGUGAUCCAGAUACACAGUUCCAGUGUCAACAGUCAAACAAGUGUAUUCCAAAGUAUAGAGUCUGUAACUUCCAACAGGACUGCAAUGAUGGGUCAGAUGAAUUUAAUUGUGUGGAGGUUUCCUGUGGAUUUGGACUAGAUGAGUUAUGUAACUGGAAUAUCAACUCCUCAUUAACUGCUACACCAGAUCAAACAUACAAAUGGAAAAUAGACCAAGGAGUUACCAAAAUCAAAGGGACAGACUUUAGACCAAACACGGACCAGAGUGGACAAGCUCAAGGAUAUUACUUGUGGGCUGACAGCUCUCCUGGAUCCUUUGACAGCCAUACAGAGCUGUACACACCAAUAAUAGGUCAGACUGGACCCCAGUGUGCUUUAGGAUUGUACUAUUUCAUUCGUGGACCAUCAGUAGGAGCUCUUGAGGUGUAUACUCUCUUCAACAACCAAACAGAUCAUUUAUGGUCUGUUGAGGGCAAUCAUUUUGGUAGAUGGCAACAUGCAAGCGUCUUUAUUGGAGCACGUUCAAAUUUCCAAAUUGUGAUACAGGCAAGACGCGGCCGUUCAUUCCAAGGAGAUAUUUCUCUUGACACAGUGCAGUUUAUUAACUGUCCAGCACCAGAACCCUUUGUAGGAGGUUGUCAGACUGGACAAUUCCAAUGUGCUAAUGGAUACUGUAUAGAUCAGAAUAACCGCUGUGACUAUGCUGAUGAUUGUGGGGAUCAGAGUGAUGAAUAUGCAGAAACAUGUGACUCAGUGUACAAAGGAAGGUGUAGUUUUGAGCAUGGUAUUUGUCAGUCAUGGUUUAAUGACAUCACGGAUGACUUUGAUUGGAAACUAUCAUCAGGCUCGACUGCUUCCAAGGGAACAGGUCCAGUUACAGACCACACAACAAGAUCACGACAAGGAACCUACCUUUAUACUGAGAGUUCAGCUCCAAAUAAACCAGGUCAAAUAGCAAGAUUGGCUUCAUACAUCAUCAAAGGAAGCGUAACCAACUGUCAGUUGAGAUUUUAUUAUCACAUGUGGGGUCAAGAAAUUGGAUCAUUGGCCAUUAUAAAGAGGUACAAUUAUAUGUCUGAUGGAAUUUUAGUGAUAGGAAAUAUAACAGGGAACCAGGGUGACAACUGGAUCCGAGGACAAUAUGAUUUAACGGAAGAUUCUAUAAAUAUGAAUCAGAACUUUGAGGUGGUCCUUCAAGGACAAAUUGGAAAUGGUUACCAUGGUGAUAUUGCUAUUGAUGAUAUUUCCCUAACACCAGGAUGUGAACAAGCACCCAUAGGAACUGCAUUACCAGGCCAACCUACCAGACCCCCAACAACCGUAGGAGCAUGUGGGUCCAACCAACUCACCUGUGACAACGGUAACUGUUACUCAGCUGAUCAAAGAUGUAACUUUAUUGAUGACUGUGGAGAUAGCACCGAUGAAAGAUUAUGUGGAACAACUUGUCAAUUUGAAAAGAGUACCAGUAGUCAAUGUGGAUGGAGAAACACAAUUAGAGACAAUAUAAACUGGAUACUAAAUAGCGGUAAAACACCAACAAGCCGUACUGGGCCUAUUACUGAUCAUUCUGUGGGAACACCACAAGGUCAUUACAUGUACGUGGAAGCAAGUGGUAGUCGUCUUGGUAACAAAGCCAUUCUAAUGAGCGACAUCUACUCUCAGUCCGGACCAUCAUGUACGAUGACAUUCUGGUACAACAUGAAUGGCAGGAAUAUAGGGACACUAAACAUCAUCCUGAAAAAUGGUGCAGGACAAAACAAUAUCUUACAAUCAUUGACUGGAAACCAGGGUCCGGGAUGGAAACAGUUGACAGUUCCGUUGCCAAGUUACAACCAUUUCUCAGUAUUGUUUGAAGCUGUCCAAGGAAAUGGUUACCUUGGUGAUAUUGCAAUUGAUGAUAUACAGUUUAACAGCUGCGCUCCAACUAUUGAAGUAAAGUCUUGUCCAAACUCACAAUUCCAAUGUGCUAGUAAGACACAAUGUAUAGAAAGAAGAUACAGAUGUGAUGAAAAGACGGAUUGUAGUGAUUCUUCAGAUGAAGAUGGAUGUACCACACCAGCACGAGGCGACUGUAAUUUUGAUACCAAUUUAUGUCAGUGGACCCAAAGCCAGGACGAUUUCUCAGAUUGGGUAUUAGGACAAAGCACACCAAACCCUAACACAGGACCUUCUGUGGAUCAUCUAGGAUCAAACAAUGGUCAAUUCCUGUACAUAAACAGUGCCCAGAUGAGAGCCGGUGACACAGCUAAAAUUAAUUCUCCUACAUUCCCGCCUAGUCGUGGGGUGUGCUAUUUUAGACUAUGGUACUACAUGUAUGGAUCCUCUACCAUGGGUCCUCUCAAUAUUUAUGUCCAGAAUGCCAAUGAAACUAAUACCCAAUUAUGGUGGACCAAGUCAGGAAAUCAAGGCCCUUCAUGGCAGUCUGUUAACUUGUUAGUAGGAAGUAGCCAACCAUACCAUAUUGUUGUUGAAGGUGCAAGAGGUGACGAGGCUCAAUCAGACGUAGCUAUUGAUGAUGUUUCAUUCACACCAGAAUGUGCCACGGGCAAACCAUACCAGCCAAUAAGCCAUCAAUACUGUGGACGAGAUACCUUCUAUUGUAAACCUGUCAAUCAGUGUUAUCCCAACGCAUGGAAGUGUGAUUUUGUCAACGAUUGUCCAGAUGGAAGCGAUGAGUUUGGCUGUCCUACAACACCUGCACCAACAGGUUCAACACUGAAGCCAGGAACUCCCUUAGUACCCAAAACCUUACCUACACCAGGAACAACAAAGAAACCUAUGUCAACAGUGGCACCGACACUAACAUGUAAAAAGACAGAAAUGGCAUGUGGAUCUGGAGAGUGUAUUGCUAGACUUUACAUGUGUGAUGGAGUUAGUGACUGUAAAGAUGGAUCAGACGAACCAGCUAGUUGUAUAAAAUGUCAUGCUGGUUACUAUUGGUGUAACAAACAAAGACGAUGUAUCAAUGCUCCACGAUGUGAUUCUGUCAACAAUUGUGGAGAUUACACAGACGAGAGUUUAUGUGGACUGCCUGGACAAGGAGGAAGUUGUCCUCAGGGUUUCUGUAAAAACUUUGGAACCUGUACAGCUAGUAAAACAAAUGGAGCUUCUUGCAAUUGUUCAUCUAGUACUUUUGGAGAUAGAUGUCAGUACCAAUUUGGAGCACAAAGUAACCCAGCUCCUCCCAAGAAAAAUAAUGGAACAGCAAUAGGAGUGGGAGUUACGGUAGCAGUACUAGCAAUCGUUGGUUUAGUGGUUGGUGCAUAUUUCUUUACAAAGAAACGCAGAGAAAAGCAAUUUUCUGAACGUCUAGGAUUCGGACUAUCUAACCCAAGUUAUGAUGGCGAUGGUGAUGGAAAAGAUUUCACAAUGAAUGAAAUGGACUCACCAUUCUCAGAUAAAACUGAUGGAACCUCAAUAGACAAUCCACUCUACCAAGACCUUUAAAAACUAUGAUAAAACAAUACAACCGUGAUAGCAUUUACAUUAAGUGCCAUGUUAUAAUACUCAAUGAUUUGUGAUAGUGCAAUAAUAUAUUACUCCUUUUGUGCAAUAUUUUGUUACUUCUAAAAUUUGUUAUUAGAAUCACAUGUUAUUUUAUGAAAAUAAAUAUUUAUCUUA